CACAUGGAUUCAAAAAAGUCUAACAAGAUCAGUGAGAUAGUUAGGCUUCAACAGAUCCUCAAGAAGUGGAAGAAGCUUGCCAAUGCACCAAAGAACACCAACAAGAGCACCACCACCACCACCACCACCACCACUUCCACCACCAACAGUAAUACUAAUGGCAGCAAAAGCAUUAAGUUUCUCAAGAAAACACUCUCAUUCUCAGAUCACAGCUCCAUGUCAGCCAUGUCAAACGACGCCGUCCCAAAAGGGUUCCUCGCGGUAUGCGUUGGAAAAGAGCUGAAGAGGUUCAUAAUCCCAACAGACUAUUUGGGUCACCAAGCAUUUGGGAUUCUAUUGAGAGAAGCUGAAGAAGAGUUUGGGUUUCAACAAGAAGGAGUUCUCAAGAUUCCAUGUGAAGUCCCAUUUUUCGAGAAGAUCUUGAAGAUGGUUGAAGAGAAAAAAGAUGUCUUCUUCUUGCAUGAUCAGUUUGGAUUCAAUGGAGAGAAGGACCUGAUUGGAUGUUACUCACCUGAUAAUUGUGAGCUAACACCAUCUCACCAUCCUCAAAUGUGUAGAUGAAUAUUCUUUCUUGAUUAAUCAUAUAUUUCGCUUCUUUUUAUUUUUUUUCAAUGAUUUUCUUUUUUCUUUUUCUUUUUCUUCUUUUUGUUUUUUUGUGAAGAAAAUGUAUGGAGGUGAUGAGAGAGAAGAGUACUGAGAUUAGCUAUGUAGCUACAGGAAUUAUAGUUGAAUAAGUUUGAUUUCAGUUUUAUUGAAAUCAGUAAUUAAAAAUCCAAGUGUGUCCUUUGCUCUUA